GCGAAAACACUUGAGACGUGCGAAGUAAACAACAUGGCUGCUACUUUACUUGGGGAGGAACCCCGGCUGGGCAGCGCGCCUCUGGCAAUGCUGGCCGCCACCUGCAGCCGGAUCGGAGACCUGAGCCCCUCGUCCUCCCCGGCGCUGUCGGACGGGACCUCGGGGCUCGCCAAGGGCUUCCUCCCGUGGAGGAGAGCGGCGCCCUGCAUGUCCUCCGGCCUGGGCGCCAACCUCUCCUCGCUUGGGACGCACUCCUCCAGGAAUAACGUGGGCGGUGGGCUUUCUGAGGGGGUCAACGUGUCCGCCUUCUCCAGCGCCUUUUCCGUGUCCGCGCCCUGUUCCACGUUUGGGAAUGACUUCUCCAUGUACCCCAGCGCCGUGUCGUCGGACGGCGGCGUCCACGAACACACCAACGCGCAGCGCUCCAUGUUUCUGUCCAAAUUUCCCACGAAUGUGGACGGCAUACCGGGGAUCUAUCCGAGGAUGCCCGCGCACCAUUAUGAUUCGUGGUUCAAGCCCGAGGUUGGGAACGUCUCCAACGGCUCUCCCGUUUGGUGGGACAUGAGUGCGGGCUGGGUGGACACUCAGAGUCCGGUGGGCUUGCCAUCUCCCAUGAACGGCUACAGCACAGAGUACAGCCCUCUGUCCCACGGCCACGCCGCACUGAGCCCCGGCCCGCCGCAGCAUCUCCUGCAGGCCAAUUUCUCCGACGUCAAGCCGCAGCUCCUGGAAAGCUUCAGACCCUCAAUCACGCGCGCCUAUUCAGACUCCAACGGUAUCGGCGCCUCCGCGUUGACUGAGAACGCGGUGCUCUCGCUGCCCGCCUCCUCGCGGUCCUCCUCGCGUCGCUACACCGGGAAAGCCACAUGCGACUGUCCCAACUGCCAGGAGGCCGAGAGGCUCGGGCCGAGCGGAACGAGUCCACGCAGGAGAGGCCUGCACAGCUGCCACAUACCUGGCUGCGGGAAGGUGUACGGCAAGACGUCGCAUCUGAAGGCGCACCUGCGCUGGCACACCGGCGAGCGGCCGUUCGUCUGCAACUGGCUGUUCUGCGGGAAGCGCUUCACGCGCUCCGACGAGCUGCAGCGGCAUUUGCGCACGCACACGGGGGAGAAGCGCUUCGAGUGCGCCGUGUGCCACAAGCGCUUCAUGCGCUCGGACCACCUGAACAAGCACGCGAGGACGCACAGCGCGGACGGCUCGGAGGACGGUGGGGCGCCGGGGGGGUCUCUGGGCAAAGGGGGCAGCGACACGGAGAACAGCGCGUCCGGGAGCCCGAGUCACCAGUCCCCGGAGCUGUUGCUGCACGCUGCUAAGGAGCCAGGGCUGGGCCCCAACCCACACAACUCUGCUGAUUAA